GCAAGGUUGCUAUGUUGGCCAGACUGGCAGCGGCACUGCGGUGCUCCCCCCAGGAAAUCCUACCCCGGGACAAGCUCCUCCUCCUGACCUAGUCCACCACCGAUCCAUGUGAUCGGGAGAGGGCAACGCGAACCAUGGCGGCCGAGCGGCGCGCGCUGGAGGAGGUGAUGGCGCUCCCCGGCCGCUGGGUGGAGGCGCCAGCCAGCAUCCGCAUCCGCCGCGCCCUGGAGGACAACAAGGCCGUCCUCUCCUGGCUGCGGGACGCGUCGAGCAGGCCCACGCCCAAGGCCACGCCCAAGGCCACGCCCAAGGCCACGCCGAGGCACACGACGCCCAGGCCGCAGGCCUCGCCGGCCGCACCGGCCCCGCCGCCCGUGGUAUUGUCCCGUGAGUGUCACGUCCUCGUCCGGCGCCAGGACGCACAAUCCCGGGACUCACGCCCUGGUCGUCUUCGCCGUGCAGUGCAGCUGGUGCGAGCGGGGGCGAGUCCGGGGAGGCGCCGGAAGCGCGCCCGAGCAGGUCAUGCGGGUCGUGACCACGGCGGUGUCGAGGCCGAGGGCAAGCAGGGCAAGGUCCGCAGUGCGGCCACCAUGACCAGUGCUCGCAGAACGGGAACCACCGCCGUCUCCGUGCCGACCGCGCGGGCCACCAACACCUCGAAGACAGCCUCGGCAGACACCGUGGCCGCCGCCGUGUCCAUCUCCAGCAUCUCCGUCACGCGAACGGCCUCCACCAUGAGCGGCGAGAGCAAAGCCAAGAAACAGCGCGGCAACGACGCGACGAAGUCCAAGACGGUGCGCCCCGACGCCAUUCGCCCAAGUCUCGUCGCCGAGCCGUGUCCGCAGGAGGGCAGGCACGGUCAGCAGGGUGUCCUCCUCGCGCGGGCCAAGCGCCCGCGUCCACGCGGCUCAGCGACCUCGGCGAGGACGGCGAAGGCGGUCGUCCGCACCUCGAACCAAGGGGCCGUAAGGGUGGCGAGCGCUACCCCCGGCGCCUCCAGCCGUCCCCAGGCGGUCGGGUUCGAUCUGCAGUCCGCAUUCGAGGCGAUGCUGCGCCGACACCGGCUGGACAGCGCGGCCAGACAGGCCCAGCCCCAGGCGCAGCCCCAGGGCCUGACCGUCGAGCCCCCGCCCCAGCCACCCCAGCCGCCCCAGCCCCACCACGUCCACUGGGACUGCUGCGGGAGCUGCGGCGGCUGCGGUUGCAGCAGCUGUAGCUGGGCCGGCGUGGCGGUGGCGGUUGCAUCCUGCACUGCUGGUGGCUGCCACUGCCGCGGCGGCUGCGGCAGCUGCGGCGUCCCCAGCGGCGCCGCGACGUCCAGCAUGACGCAUCGGCCGGCCCAAAGCGCCAGGAUCGCAGCGGAACCACCCCGAGCCGUCCCGCAGCCCGCAGGGACACCCGCAGGGGCACUCGCAGGGAUGCCGGCGGGGACACCCGCAGGGUCAUUCUCAGGGACCCCCGCGGGGACACCCAGGGGGACGUCCGCAGAGACCGUCACGGCCAGCAAUGCUGACGGCGAGCAGGGGCCGGAGACCAGCCCGUCCGCCACCUCCGCCCGCGGCGCUCCCCCGCCCCCGCCCCGAGAUGCCGAGCACGUGAUGUGUCUGGGAGACGGCUCGGCCGCAACCACGGCCCCGCCAGACAAGCACGACUCUGGGGACGACGCGGACCGCCUCGAGUUGUGUAACCUGACCUCCGAGAAGACCAUCCAGGAAGUUCAGGCGGCUCUGUCUCAUUCCAUGGAGCUGUUCGCUGAUAUGGAUGGCGCGGUGGUGCCUGUCCGCGUGAAGGCCAUCCGAAAAUCAGCGUCCGCCACCACGGCGCGGUGGGCGGAGGGCAAGUCCAAAGACUUCAGCCAGCUCGUUGUGCCGAUCCCAUCCCCCGGACAGCCGGCCGGCUCCCGCACAGCUCCCUUCUCGGCACCCACCCUGUCCAACCUCCCGCCCCGGGAGCCGGUUUGGGCCAGGUCGGCGUCGUCGGCGCCCGACCCGCAAAACAACCGGCAGGCCGCUGGGGUCGGCGACGCGGAGAAGCCGAAGGGUGGCGACGAGCUGCUCAAGAAGGUGGAGUCAUCCCUUCUCGGACCGAGUGGGGAGCUCGGCGACGCUCCUCCGCAUGGGAUCCACUCCGGCGUCAUUGGCAGUCCUUGCGCGCUGCGACCCUCGGAGCCCCGACCACGGCACAGGCCCCUCACCAAGAGAACGACGGGGUCCACGUCGUCGGGUGGCCCACCCAUGGAGUCUUGGACACUCGCGAGCAAGCGCUUUGCGUAUUUGGCUGUUUUUCUCGCCGUGCCUCUGCUGACCCUGUCCACCCUGCUGUUGCGGAUACACUGUGAUCCGACCCCCAUCGUGGACACGGACGGACCCAGCGAAGGCCCCGACGACUUCUUGUCAGAUUACUCCGGCAUUGAGAGCUCCGUAUACUAGGGCGAGUAGGUAAAUGGGAAACCAAAAUUGAAACGACAAAAAUAAGUUCUAAAUGUAGAUUUAUUUUAUUUGUUUAACGUGUCUCUUACUGUCAUGCGCGCGUCUUAUUGUACAUAAAUACCCGUUUUAAUUGC